AUGUCGAUGGCAUCUUCAUCAUCUUCUCCUUCCGAUGUGACCUUUUCUUCUGAGGUGUGGAAGUACCAUGUUUUUCUUAGUUUUAGAGGAGAAGAUACUCGUAAGACGUUUGUGGAUCAUCUGUACACAGCUCUUGUACAACAAGGGAUCUUUAGUUACAAAGACGAUGAAACACUUCCUCGGGGCGAAUCAAUUGGUCCAUCUCUUGUGACGGCUAUCGAAGAAUCACAGAUAGCCAUCAUCAUAUUUUCUAAAAACUACGUAGAUUCGUCAUGGUGCUUAGAUGAACUUGUACAUAUCAUUAAAUGCAAGGAUACAAGAGGACAUAUCGUGAUACCCAUAUUUUAUGAUGUUGAUCCUUCUGAAGUUCGAAAACAAAAACACAAAUACCGGGAAGCAUUUGUGAAACACGAGUUGAAGAACAAGACCAAGGUUGAAUCUUGGAGAAAAGCACUUGUGGAUGCAAGUAACAUUUCUGGAUGGGAAACCGAGUAUGUUGAGAACGGGCAUGAGUCUAAGUGCAUUAAAGAAAUUGUUGACACAAUUUCACAAAGGUUGCAACCAAUAACUUCAAGCGGGGAUGACAACCUGGUUGGAGUAGAGGCUCGGAUGCAACAUUUUAUGUCAAAAUUACAAAUUGAGUUUGGUGGUAAGAGGAUGAUUGGAAUAUGGGGGGUUGGGGGUGGUGGUAAGACAACUCUUGCCUCUUCUGUUUAUGAUGAAAUCUCCAUCAAGUUUGAUGGUCGCUGCUUUCUAAAAAAUAUUCGGGAAGAAUCAAGUAAUCAAAACGGUUUGGAAAGAUUGCAAGAACAAAUUCUUUGUACUGUUUUGAAACAGAAGCAACUAAAUGUAGGGAGAGUUGAAGAAGGAAGGCGCACGAUAAAGGAUAGGUUACACCAUAGAAAGGUGUUGAUUGUUCUUGAUGAUGUCGACAACCUUGAGCACCUAGAACAGUUAGCUGGAUCACGUGAUUGGUUUGGUGAAGGAAGUCGAAUACUAAUCACAACUAGAGAUGAACAUAUAUUAACUGGACACAAAGUAGAUGUUAUACACAAUAUUAGUUUAUUAAACAAUGAUGAGGCUAUGAAGCUCUUUUGCAAGCAUGCACCUUGUGGUCACAAACCUUUAGAAGAUUACGAGUUUCUUUCAAAAGAUGUAGUUUCUUAUGCAGGUGGGCUCCCAUUAGCCCUUAGAAUUCUCGGUCGUUUUCUAGGUGACAAAGAGAUGAAUGAGUGGAGGAGUGCCUUGGAUAGAUUGAAAGAAAUUCUAGAUGCUAAUAUCUUGGAAAAGCUAAAAAUCAGCUUUGAUGGACUCAAGACUCUGGAGAAAUAG